GACACCAAAAAACACGACACAAUACGACACGACAGGAAAAGGAAACACAAAAUAAAACAUGUUCAAGAAAAUAAACAGCUAGUGCUAGCCACUAAACUUUACAGAUCCUAAAAACUUAACAAAUUAAAUAGAGCUUUUUGAAUAGCAUGCGAGGAGGAAAUCAAAAUGCGCAUAUGUGUGCUACGAUAAAAUGACAGUCAUUCCGAUGCAAAAGACACACGUAUGGCAAUCAACCAUAACAAAAUGUAGCAUAGCAUGCCUUCUAGAGUCAUGUAUGUACAGAGAAAAGGUGAGGAAAUGCAUGGAUUUAUAAGUGAACGUCUUUUUCACAACUAUUUGUUUAUUUUCCGAGCUCAAACUGAGCGAUACUGGAGGUUUUGGUUUCAAAAUGGCAUUUAAUGAAUUUGUUUAUUUCCCUACACUUUUCCUCGGGAGCAGCAGGCUCCACACUCUUCUCUUCCCAGACGGAGUGUUCGAUCACAUCCUGAAUUGUUUGCAUCCCCAGAUCUUUUCAAGCCAACAAUAAUCUGUUCAGCAAGUUCUAUUUGUACAAGGUUUCCUCUAGAAGGACAUGACUGACACAUACCCGAUUUAUGACCCAAUUUCGAGAUGCUUAAACUCAUCCAGAAAGGUGAAGGUCUCCACCCUUAUCUAAUGGGAAUUUCUCGCUUGAUUCUGGAAAAGAACCGUGGCCUCUGACUUGAAGAUGGUAAAUUUCAUGCCAGAGGUUUUAUUGUGAGCCAUGAAUGGUAAAGGCGUGUCAGACAGAGCCAAUAAAUCAGAUCAAGAUCUCUGAAGAGACAUGCUAAUAACACAACAGCAGUUUUUUGGUCCAGUAUCUUUGCUUCUCAAUUCCUACUCCAAUGUAGUAAUGAAGGAUACCACUAACCACCAUAGUAACCUUAACAAGAGGUUACUCUAAAACAUCAGAGAUUUAUAGCAAUGCCACAUGACGUGAUGACCUGAUCACUGGGGUACAUAGUCCAAACCGCUCUUAAAAACCGCCUUUUAUGGCAUCUCCUAGCUCUUUCCAUGCCUGAGCUUUAACUUCUGCAACUGCUUCUGCAGCAGACAUCUGGCUCUUAUAUCAGAAGAGCAGUACUUGGAAAUUUCUUUAACUUGAUGGCGUUAACAUUAUAUUAAUUUGAUGGAGUUUGACAGAUGCCCUUAUUCAUAGUAACUCACAUCUAUCACAUUUAUACAACUGAGACUGCUAUGGGGUUGCUCAUGAGUUCUGGAAUUGGAGUUUGGUGUGGCUGGGGUUUAAACUCAUGACCUUCAGAUCCAAAUUCCAAAAUCCCACCAGUGGCACCAUUUAGCAUUCACCAGCAUGUGCAGAGGUUACACCAGUCAGAUUUUUACAACUGCCUCUUGGUAUUCUGGAGAAAUUGUUUAUUGGGUUUGUUUCAUUUUGUGAUUCAUUGACGUUUCAUUGUCAGUCUCUCAGCCAACCUGGGAGGAUCACGUUGGUUUUAACUUAACAGGUAAAUCUGGGGCGAGUAAUACAUGUCAAAUUCAACUCAUCUUUGCUCCAAAUCUGAUGGCACAAUCACAAAAUCAAAAUAGUUCAAACAGAACACACAAGUGUGUUCAAACGGGUUGUUUAAUAAUCUUUCAUCACUUGGGUUCAGAUCCAGGAAGACCAUCCACCCAAUCACUCCAUUUCAAGUAUCUCCAGGUGGUCUCAAUCAAGUUCCAAGUAAACUCUAGCACAGUUGACUGAGAGCAGUUUGGCGCUGAAACUCAGCUGCAUAAAUUGAACCAAAUAUGCCAUGUAUUUUAAGCUUCAGCAUAAUGUUUUAAGAUGCAAGCUGCUAAAGUGACCUGUGAAACAAAAACUAAGCCGAAAGACAUAACAGCAGGACGUCCUCCAAAACUACCAAGUGGUUAAAAAUUCCGAUGGAAUGAUGGUGAAAUGUGAGUAGGAGGAAGAAGGAAGAAUGGAAAUGAAGACACGACUGAAUAAAAAUGGACUCUCGUCAUCAUCUUUCCAUCUCUCUCUCUCUCCUCCCAUCUGGCUGACCGUUCUAGUUAAAAUCACUGCGUGGAAGUGCUGCACGCUCAAGAGGUGUGUGUGUCUUCGAGUGUGUGGACAGGGCGUCAUGGCGUCGAACGUCACCACCAAGUUCUUUGCUUAUUCGCAGUCCUUCAGCAUUUCCGAUAUCAUCGUGAUCGGAGCGUAUUUUCUGCUCAACGUGGCCGUCGGAAUAUGGUCAUCUUGCAGAGUAAGCAGAAACACUCUUAACGGCUACUUCCUGGCAGGCAGAGACAUGGCCUGGUGGCCGAUCGGAGCGUCUCUGUUCGCCAGCAGUGAAGGGUCAGGGCUGUUUAUCGGCCUGGCUGGCACCGGGGCAGCAGGAGGCAUCGCUGUAGCAGGGUUCGAAUGGAAUGCAACCUAUGUACUGUUAGCCCUGGCCUGGAUCUUUGUCCCAGUCUAUGUGUCCUCUGGGAUUGUCACAAUGCCUGAGUAUCUGGGUCGGCGGUUUGGUGGAGAGAGAAUUCGCAUGUACCUGUCAGCUCUCAGUCUAAUGUUAUCCGUCUUUACCAAGAUUUCAACAGACCUGUAUUCCGGGGCCCUGUUUAUUCAGGUGUGUUUGGGUUGGAAUCUUUACCUCUCCACCGUCCUCAUGUUGGUGGUAACAGCAUUCUACACUAUUGCAGGUGGUUUAGCUGCUGUGAUUUACACCGACACACUCCAGACCUUCAUCAUGAUCAUUGGCGCAGUCAUUCUCACCAUAACAGCAUUCAACAAGAUCGGUGGCUAUGGCAAAUUGGAGAGUGUGUACCUCCAGGCCAUACCCUCAAAGAUAAUCCCCAACACCACCUGCCACCUGCCCCGGCCUGACGCCAUGCACCUCUUCCGAGAUCCGGUACAUGGAGACCUUCCCUGGCCAGGAAUGACGCUCGGAUUGACCAUCCUGGCUACCUGGUACUGGUGUACUGAUCAGGUGAUCGUGCAGAGAUCUCUUUCGGCAAAAAACCUGAGCCAUGCUAAAGGAGCAUCGAUCUUCGCCAGCUAUCUGAAAAUGCUACCAAUGAUCUUCAUCAUCCUUCCUGGCAUGAUCAGCAGGGCACUCUACCCAGAUUCUGUGGGUUGUGUGGAUCCUGAGGAAUGUCUGAAGGUGUGUGGAGCGGAGGUCGGCUGUUCCAACAUUGCUUUUCCCAAACUGGUCAUCGAGCUCAUGCCUAGUGGCCUGAGAGGCUUGAUGAUCGCCGUGAUGAUGGCCGCGCUGAUGUCCUCGCUGACCUCCAUCUUUAACAGCAGCAGCACUUUGUUCACCAUGGACAUCUGGCAGAAAUAUCGGCGAGGAGCCAGCGAGAAGGAGCUGCUGCUGGUCGGCAGGAUCGUCACGGUGAUUCUGGUGGUAGUCAGUGUGGUCUGGAUCCCGAUCCUUCAGAAUGCCAACAGCGGCCAGCUCUACGUUUACAUCCAAUCGGUGACCAGCUACCUGGCUCCGCCCGUGACCGCCAUUUUUGUCAUGGCGGUGUUCUGGAAAAGAACCAAUGAAGCGGGAGCAUUCUGGGGUCUGAUGGUUGGUCUGGCGGUUGGAUUUACACGCAUGGUUUUGGAAUUUGCUUUCCCACCCCCUCGCUGUGGCAUCUUCGACCCAGCCCCGCCCAUCCUGCGGAGCGUUCACUACCUGCACUUCGCCAUCAUCCUCUGCGCCAUCACAGUCUUCGUCACCGUUGGCAUCAGCCUCCUCACGCCUGCGCCCUCCGAGGAACAGAUACAUAAUCUUACCUGGUGGACGAUCAGAGGCAGCGCUGCUGACCGAGAUAUACCUCUCCAGAAAGUAUCAACACUCACUCGGAGAGCAGAAGGUUGUGAGUCUGUGCGGAGAGGGAAGUGCGUCCGCACCGCCGGAUUCUGUAGUCCCCGGCCAGGGCGUGGCGCUCCCGGGACUCCGCCCCUUGCCAUCCGCAGCAUUAGAGAAGAUCCGUUCUGGAUGCGUUUCUGCUGCAUCAACGCUGUUAUUCUUAUGUGUGUUAAUAUAUUCCUUUACGCUUACUAUGCAUAACACACACACACACACACACACACACACACACACACGUCUCAAAUUUUCCAAUGAAUAGAAGGUGUCAGUUUUGUAACAUGUUUAAUUGUGAAUCAAUGGUUUUAUGUGUCACGUCCCUCAACUGGCUUCUGUUCCCAGGCGGAGCUGAAAAGAAUAUAAACCACAUUUAUAUAUAUAAUAUAUCCACAUUUAGUCUCCAUUUAGUAUCAUAAUGAGCUCCACUCUUCUGGGAAGAUGUUCCACUAGAUAUUUGUGGAGAUUCAAUUAGCCACAAAGGUCCUGAUGUAGGUGAGGAAUUGAGAGGCCUGAAGUGCAGUCAGGGAGAAACAUUCAUCCCAAAGGUCUUCAGCAGGUUUGGACUGCUAGAGCGUGAGAUCUUCCGCAUCUUCCAUCCCAUGGAGCGCUGAUCUUCAUGGAGCUGGCGUUGUGCACCACGCUGGAACAGGUUUGAGUCUCCGAGUUCAAGUGAAUGGGGAAAAUUCUAGUUUUGUGACUUUUUGUGAGAAAAUUUUAGAGAAGAAGCAAAAACAGCUGGAAAAGUUGCUGUGCUGAUACUUUUGACCACACAACAAUGUGUACGACGUUUUUUGUUUGUGUUUUAGGAAAAAAAGCUUAAAUUACGCAAAAAAAUCAUUCGGCGGAAAGUUUAGGCUCUGUGACGAUCGUGUUGUACUUGUUCUGAGAUGAGUCGGAUGGUUCCAGUUGUUCUGAGGAGAAUUUGAUAGAAAAAACGAUCCCGUGCGCUGAUGAAGUCACUCGUGCAGGUCGGAACACGGCGCCUCGUCUGCCUCGCGGCGUUUCCAACACCGACACUCUUUCACCUUAAAUGAUGUUGGUUUUUUUACGUAAUUAAAUGUUAUCCAUGUGGAUUGAUCGCUUGCCAGGAGGAGGAGGACGUGACAAAACAAUGACGUUCACGACACGGAAUUUGUAAAAAAUUGUCGUUUUGAUGAACGGGUGUCAAUUUUUGUCCAAUAAAUUGUGGAAAAUGUUGCAA